ACGAGACAUACACAUACCUACUCAACAAAACAAAUGUCCGAUUCGUUCGCCCAUUUCGUAAGUUCCUCUGUUCAUAAUUUCGAUUAACGCCCUAAAAAUAAUUUAAUCCAAUAUAUUUUGGGCAAUUUUGAAUUGAUAAUUUUGUUUACUCGAAUCCACAAAUAUUAGGUAUUAAGUUUUGAUAUAUUUCUUCCAAAUUUUGAUGUUUUACUAUUGUCGAUACCUACGAUACGUAGACGAAAGGAAUCAAGUUUCAUAAAUAAUGGUGUUUGCGUUUGCAUAAGUGUUGGGAUAUCUAAGACGUGUAACCGAAUAUAGAAUUAAUAACAAUGUUUGCCCCUCAAGAUGGCAGUAAAUUGUGUUCACCUUUCACCUACGAGUGAAUAGAGUUGGUUUCGAUCAUCUAUGUGCCGCUGGUUGUUGCUUAUACGAGGUAUGUGCACUGACUCCUUGGAGCAGUGUAUGCGAUGGUGAUAGCAAAGAGUAAGAAGGUCAAACCACAAAUGAACAACACAAUCAAGAACAUGGACUAUAACUGGACCCCUGGACCAGAGCCACCUAAUAACCAAGAUGUGGGAGUACCCAGGGCAAUUUUCAUUCCACAUUCGAAUUCGUUACCGUUUGAAGAGAGACGCGUAACUUUGGAACAGCCAGUAAAGAUCGGCCGGAAUGUUUAUCGCGCGACUCCAAGCCCUACGAAUACUAUAUUUGAAUGCCGGGUGCUCUCUCGGCAUCACGCUACGCUGUACUACGAUAAAGGCCACUUUUACCUCGUGGACAAUCAGAGCAGCAACGGCACGUUUAUCAACAACAACCGGUGCUCUAUAUCCAAAGAGCAGGAGCCCCAUGAAGUGUUUUCAGGUGACGUGGUCCAGUUCGGCAUACCCGUUGUUGAGAAUGCAAGCAAUUCAGAAAAGCCUCAAAGCACCAUUCCUCCACCAUCUUCUGAAUAUUUGAACACGUUUCCUCCAGUUGUGGCCCUCCUCAAGUUGUAUCACCCCGAUGGAAAGGAGGCGAAACUCUCAUUCAAUCCCACCAUGACCACACCGCUGCACCUCAAGGAACUUUACCAAUUAAACAGUUUUGUACAGGAAGCGAUACAACGCGAGGCGUCAUUGGAGAGUCGAUUGCGGACGUUACGCGAGUUCGUGGAGCGGACACGCUCCGAGGCGCAGGCGUCGUGGGAGCUGUUCGUUGGCGAGCAGCGGCUGCUGAUGCGUGUUCACACCCUGGAGACGAUGCUCUCGGUGGGCAAGCAGCCAGAUGCGCAAAACGUCGCGCAGUUACUCAGCGAUAAGAGGAACUAUCAGGAAGUGGCGCAGGAGAGUCUCCGCGUGGCGCACGAGCAGCGGCUGGCGUUGGAGGAAUCGCUUGAGCGACGCAACCGCGAGGCCACCGCGCUGCAUCAGCACAAUUGCGCGCUGCGACUCGCCGCCAACAACGCGCUCGCCGAGCUGCAGAAGCUGGCAGCGCGAUGCGAGCGUAAAAUGUGCGCUGCGCGGCUAGCUAUCACCGCCGCUGAGGAACGGGAGCAGGCCGUCCGCAACCAUCUACCGCUCACGUAUUCGAUACAAAACGGCGAAGCGAAAAUGUUGGUCUUGAGUACAGACAGCAACAAACUGCAGGAGGCCGAAUGCGACGGCACGCUCGACGACGCCGUGAGAGCGUUGCCCGACUAUAUCAAGCUACUACUGCCUCAGCACUUACUCAAUAUGGCUGGCAUAAAGGCGGUAUCGGCGCAAGGAAAAUCUGCCAAAGAAUUCGAAUUGAUAUUAAAGAAAAAUAACGUUUAUAAUAAUUCAGAUUUAAAAGAAACCACGGAGGAGAGUGGCAGUGGCAGCGGCGAAGAAAAAUCAGGGGAUCCCGAUUCUGGAGCUGACGAGGAGAAACAGCCUCUCCUGAAUCAUGAAAGUGGCCUCGAGGAGUGUCCGAGUCCAGUAGAUGGAGAAUCAGAUAAUAAUGCUAACUCCACAUUCAGUGAGACACUCAACAAAGAUACCGGGCACAAAGCGAACGUGGAGUACGCGAACGUGCUGCGCGUGAUGAGCGGGCUCAACGAGGAGAUCAAGGUGCUGCGCUCGCGGCUCGGCGGCGCGCUCGCCGAGCUCGAGCAGCUGCGGGCCGUGCGCGACGAGCUCCUCGCGGCCGCAGACCCCGCCGCGGCCGGCGACGACGCCGCCGCCGCCCGCGCCAAGAUCCUCGACCUGCAGGCACAAUUGACCCGUUCGACUGUCGCGGAGGAAGCGAAUCUCGCUGAGAUUCAACGGUUGGCGUCCAACGCGGCAGAAAUGCAGGCACAACUCGCGUUCCGACCGACGCGCGCCGAAGUCGACGACCUCACCGCUGUCGUCGAUAGAUUGCGCGCCGAUCUCCUGGCUAAGGACCAGCUACUCGAACGACAACGGGCCGUAAUCGACAUAGAGAAGAAAACCACGGACAGAGCGAUCGAGACCACACCGUCAAUCGAGGACUUACAAAAACUCGAAGAUAGUGAAGAGAAAAUGGACGCGGGACAGAUCUCGGCCGAGAUCGACGAAAUGUUUCGGCUCGAUGACGAGGACGACGACGACACCGAUUCGGCGUCCACGGAGAUCAACAGAGACGAGAGCGGAGUGAGCGAGCGCGCGACAAGCGAGUUCAUUCGUCUUGACGACGAACAGCGGUUACAAGUGACGUUGCAAAACGGGUCGUUGCACGCCCUCGAGGAGGAGUUAGUCCGCGCGAAGGAGCGAUGGGCGGAAGUGUGCGGUGAGCGCGCGCGGCUCGCAGAACAACUUGCGCAACUACAACGCAAGCCGCCGCCGCGCGUCUCCGCGUCGCAGCUGGCUGCACUGUGCGUGCCACUCCUCGCCGCAGUACUGUACUACCUGCUGCUGCCGCACAUCUCCUGAUGGACGGCCACCUGGGACCCACCCGGAUAUGCGUAGCCGCCGCCUCCCUCGGACGCGCCGUCGGUUCCGAUUCAUUGCUCACUCUCUUCGACUAUACAUAUUGUAACUUAUAUAAGUCGUGACUUCUUCCAAUAUACCCGAGCGAUUUUGUAAUCUCGGCAGAACCGACUCGUACCAGCCGCCCCGCUGCCAGUACCUUAACGAUUCGAAUAUUAUAUGCGCGCUUAAUUGUCGGGCGAGGGUUCGGGCGUUUCAAUAUUAGUGUAAUUUAGUACCUAUAUAGUUAUAAUGAUAGAUCGGACGUCGAUAUAUUGAACGAUCUCGGUCCGGUGAUAGAUUGUAUUCGGCGGCUGGUGCGAAUCGAGGACAUGGAAAAUUGUUAUAAUACUAGAUUGAGCUUGAAACGAAAGUGCCAUUUAUUGUUGGAAGUGGCGGCGCGACGCCGCGGGGACGGUGAACGUUGUUAUAGCAUGUAUAUAUCCCUAGUAUUGUUUCUGUAAAAAGUGUCAGUAUCAUAUUUGAUAGAUUUAAAUUGAUUGUUGAUAUCUGCCAUAAUAAAUAACUGUAAAUUUUAUAUAUUAAGGCCUAACGACUGUCCUAAGUUAUGAUAAUUAUUGUUGUACGAGGUCUAUCGAAAUUCUUAACUGAACGAGUUAGAGACUCAGCCCAAUUCUCUUGUUGAAUAUUUAGAUAUUGAUGAUAUUUCAGUGUGUUCACUCGUUUGAGGUUAUGGCGCUGUUCGCGAGCCGCAGAAAGCUUUUGCAUUGCUUCCCGGACUACACAUAUCAAUUGUACAGAUUUUCAUGUGUGGGCAUUUGAUCGUCGACAACUUGUCAGUUUUUCUUCGAAUCGUUUGCAUUUUUCUAGUCUUUUAGAAUCGACGUUAAACUUUUUGAACAAUGAUCGAUAAUUUGUUCAUUUUCUUUUUUUCUUAUUUACAAUUAGCCAGCCUAGAUGACCUUCGAUAUUAUUGUGUACGCAUUUAAUGUGCAGCUCUGAUGUUUUUGAUUGAUAUAGCGUUAUAAUUUUGAGUUGUCGUAGCGGUACUCAGAGGUUAGUUUAGAGGUUUUGCGUAUAAAGGUUUUUGAUAUGGUUUUGUUGUUCAUAAGUGCCACUCACAAAUUGCCUCGAAUCAGUUGUUUUGUUUUUGUAUUGUAAUGGGAUGUGGAUAUCUCAUAUAAUAAAUAAUGAGGGAUUAGACAAAAAGCUGAGCUCUGUAGUUAAAGGCCGGAACAUCGGAUGCGUUAGUUUAGCGAGGUGCGCGACUCCUCCCGUCUCGUCUUGUGGUCUUCUGCGAGCGUUGUGUGUAUCGGUCUGAACUUGAUCGCUUAGCUCUGUGAUUUAAUGCCCAAUAGGUAAUUUUGUAACAAACUUGUAUAACUAACAAUUUAUUAUAUUUGUAGAAUUACUAUAACUUUACCACGUUGAAGUCCACUAUCUAUAAAUAUUUAUUAUUUUAUUGUUGCACUGAUUUUUGUUAUAUUCAAUGUUUUAUUUUGUGUUUAAACCACCUUACUGUAAAUAGAUCGUAUUAAUAUUUAGUUUCAAGCUGUCGAAGACUUUAUGUUGUAUUUUGUAAAGUAAAAUUACUAUAACAUUCAAUGUGGAUGUACUGAUAAAUUUAUUGG